CCUUAAAAGCCCAGCGUUGCCAUAUGGCAACAGAAAAAUGUGUCAGCAGGGAAUUUUUUUUUUUCGCCUAUGACAUGCGUUGGCAGCCCUGUAGCGGUUGGAAUACACAGAGAAAGAGCCAGACUACAAUAUACAGCUGAGUUUGAACCUUGACAUUGUUGUUUGUACUAUCCAGCUGAGCAUAAAAACUACAAAUGACACCAUGACAAACCAACAUGAGCCUAUGAGUGUAGCUGAAAUACUUGAAGAGUUACAGCGUGAUGAAUUCCAAGAUAUUGAUGUGGCUGAGUUAUUUGUGGAGCCCCCAGAGCCAAACAUACUAUCAGAUGAAGAUUCAGCUGAUGAAGAUGAAGGAGGGAUGAUUGACAACCUCAGCAGCAGACAACUUGCAGCCUUGGGUGAAGUUGUUCUCACCAACAAUAUCAGAAUGGGUGUUGGCAGUGAGAUUGAAGUUCCAUAUGAUGUUAUGCCUCAAGAAUUAGCCGCACAUAAUGCAGAUGAGCAACCUCCAUCCACAAGCAUUUCAGAGGAAUCAACAGCGGGAAGCAGUGUGGAACCAUCUACAUCAGGAGGCACUUCAAGAAAAAGAAAACGCCUACAACCAGAUCAGUCACAAACGCCUACAAACGCCUCAACACAGUUCCAGCCUACCAAUUUUUCAUUUGACCGCAGAUGGAAAAAAGAUGAUCUCUUCACCACUGCUCAUCAUUUUCCUGAAAGCGAUUUUACAAAGUAUAGAGAUUUUUCACCUGUGGAACUAUUCCAGCUUUUUUUUGAUGAGGAGCUGUUUGACCUGAUGAUCAACGAGAUAAAAAAAUAUGCAGCAUUCAAAAACGUUCCUGAUCCAAAUAUAACCAAAGCUGAACUGAAGUGUUUUUUUGGAAUUCUGAUUAUUUCUGGGUAUAAUUCUUUGCCCGGAAAACGUUACUAUUGGGAGACAUCUGAUGAUGUGAGAAAUCAUCUUAUUUGUAAGUCAAUGAGACGAAACCGUUUCACACAAAUAAUGAGCUUGCUUCAUUUUGUUGACAGUACAAGAAUAGAUCGUUCAGAUAAACUUUGGAAACUUCGUCCUCUCAUUGAUAAGCUAAAAAUAAACUUUGGAGUAAAUUUUGUCCCAGUUCAACAAUUAGAUUUUGAUGAGUCAAUGAUUGCCUAUUAUGGGCGUCAUUCAUGUAAGCAGUUCAUAAGAGGAAAGCCAAUCCGUUUUGGAUAUAAAGCUUGGUGCCUCAAUACAUUCAGUGGUUACCUUGUAGAUUUUUCAAUAUAUCAGGGUAGGACAGGAAGUACAGAUGAUGCAUAUGAUAAAGCUUUUGGUAAAUCAGCUGCACCAUUAGUGAGGAUGCUGAAUGAUCUAGAACCUUGCAAAGUUCUGCCAUAUCACAUUUACUUCGAUAAUUUAUUCACGGGUCUAAAUUUACUAUCAUACCUGAGAGACCAGAACUUUCAUGGUACUGGUACCAUUAGAGCAAACCGUGUACCAAAAGAUUGUAAAUUAUGCUCUCCAAAUGAGAUAAAAAAAAAGGAAAGAGGGUUUUAUGACCAUUCUGUCAGCAGCGACAACAUAAUAAUCACAAGAUGGCAAGACAAUGCACCUGUCACUGUUGCCUCCACAAUUCAUGGGAUAAAUCCAUUGUCCCAUGUGAAGAGAUAUUCACGAAAAGAGAAAAAAACUGUCCUUGUCAAACGGCCAUCACUCAUUGGUGAGUAUAAUAAGUUCAUGGGUGGGACAGAUUUGAUGGACGAGAAUGUCAACCGAUAUAGAGUUGGCAUUAGGAGCAAGAAAUGGUGGUGGCCUAUAUUUUCAUGGUGCCUUGAUGUAUCACUCCAGAAUGCGUGGUAUUUGUACAACAUGGCCAACCGACCAAGAAUCACACAGCUUGAGUUCAAACGUGCAAUUGCUGUAUAUUAUCUGCAAACUUUUGGAACUGAACCACAAGUUGGAGGGAGACCAUCUUUACGCCCACAGUCAACUCCUGCAUUUGAAGAGCUAAGAUAUGAUGGAUUGAACCACAUUGUUAUUGAAAAUGAAAAGAAAGAUGGGAAAAAAAAGAAACGAAGAUGUGCUAGAGCAGGAUGUAAAAGCUUCAUGAGAACCAGUUGCAAGAAAUGUGCUGUCGGCCUCUGCAUACCAUGCUUCUUACCAUUCCACACAAGGAAUUGACUGUUUGGAGAUUGAAUAGUUUGUAAUCCAAGAAUAUCUUAUCUGCUAUUUUCCUAUAACACUUGUUUGUAAUAAAAUAUGUAAAAUUAGAAAAGUUUUAUUAUUGAAAAGAAUGAUGAACCCAUUGCUACUGCAUUGACCUAUUGUUGCCAUAUGGCAACGGCUGAUUUUGUUCAUUCAACAGCAAUUGAGGUCAAUCAAUGAAUAAAAAGUGUUAUAAAAAGGUCUAAGAACACAUAUUCAACCAGUUUUUUCGAUAUAAUUGGAAAAAAUAACACAUUGAAAAAACUUGGGCUUUGAAGGGUUAAAUAAUAGUCU